AUGUCAGACUCUGCAGCCGCUAAGCCAGCCGGUAGAACAAUCUUAGCCUCCACUAUCGCUAAACCAUACAUAGAAGAAGUCACCAAAGGUGUACAAGCAUUAGACUUUACUCCUAAAUUAGUUGGUCUCUUAGCCAACGAUGACCCAGCUGCUCAGAUGUAUGCUAGUUGGACAGGGAAAACCUGUGAAUCAUUGGGGUUCCAUUAUGAAGUAGUCAAUGUUAAUAAGAACGACUUGGAAGCUACCUUGAUUAGAGCCAACAAAGAUCCUAGUAUCCAUGGUAUUAUGGUAUAUUUCCCAGUGUUUGGAGACAAACAAGAUCAAUAUUUACAACAAUUAAUUGCUCCAGAAAAAGAUGUCGAAGGAUUAAACUUUUUGUACUACCAUAACUUGUAUCAUAAUGUUAGAUUCUUGGAUCCACCUCAUAACCAACAAAAAUCAAUUUUACCAUGCACACCUUUAGCUAUGGUUAAAAUCUUAGAGUAUUUGGGAGUUUACAAUACAAUUUUACAUUAUGGAAACAGAUUAUACGGUAAGAAGGUUCUCGUUGUCAACAGAUCGGAAAUUGUUGGUCGUCCCUUAGCUGCGUUGUUAGCUAACGACGGUGCUACUGUAUAUUCAGUAGAUAUAAAUAAUGUUCAGCAAUUCACCAGAGGUGAUGAUUUACUGGAACACAGACAUAAAGUGAUUGACUUGGACCCAAGUGAAGCUUCCCUUGAAAAGUUGGUGCCAACUUGUGAUGUGAUUAUCACUGGUGUGCCUUCAGAUAGCUACAAAUUCCCUACUGAAUUAGUACGUCAUGGUACUGUUGUUAUAAAUUUCUCAAGUUCCAAGAAUUUCAAUGAUGACAUCAAAUUGAAAGCUGGUUUGUACGUUCCUUCCAUUGGGAAAGUUACCAUUGCAAUCCUUUUAAGAAACUUAUUGAGACUUAUCGACAAUGAAAGAAUUAGAAAAGAAAAGACAGCUGCUGAGGCUGCAUCAUCAUAA